UAAACGCAGUAAAGUGAAAGCGGAUAUGCAGAAUUAAACUGUCCAUUGUGAUGUAAAAUGCUUUGAAAUGGUUAUUAUAUGGGAAUAUUUUGCAGUUAACCAAUAAGAUGUUAAAAGUCGAUGUUUUCAGUUUAUUUGUUCUCUCUACUGCGCAUGCUCUUUUGGAUCCCGGAAGUUUUGAAUCUGAAAGUUGUCCCGUGAAGCUAAAUUGUUUUCAUUUUUGAUUUUUUCAACUGUUUAUUCUUAUUCUUAGUUUCUUAUUUAAACUAAUUUCUUCCGAUAAGUCCUCCAGAAUCUGACCUUAAAACCUUCCGCUGUCUUCCGGCUGAGUGAGCAGGCAGCCGGGACCGCCGCUCUCUGUCCCGCCGGGAGCAGAGGCUCAUGUCCGGCUUCGGCUUGGUCCCGGUGGACGGCGGGGAUCUGGUCCAGCUGCCGCCGGGUGAGACGGUGCUGGGCCGGGGUCCCUUCCUCGGGAUCAGUGACACCAGAGUUUCCCGACGCCACGGUCUGCUGGAGAACCUGGACGGACAGCUGCGACUCAAACCGACCCACAUCAACCCGUGUUUCCUCCUGUUGUCCCCGAACGAUGACCCCCGACCCCUGGAGAGGGGCUCCUGGCACCGGCUUCACCCCGGAGAUCAGUUCUCUCUGCUGCCGGGUCGCUUCAUCUACAGGGUGGCGGCCGGCGGCGCGGAGCGGAGCGCGCCCAGGUACCGGCCUCCCAGGCGUUGUCAUGGCGAUGACGGGGGUCAUUACCAGGAUGAGGUUAAUUACGGAGCUUUGUUCUCAUGUCCCGCUGAAGCACUAACUGCGUCUCAGUCUCUCUGCAGGAACAGUCAGAACUUUGAGGACGAAGAAGGAGCUCUUCCUCUUCCUGCCGGGUCCGAUGCGGCGGCUCCUCUGGUGGUCAGACUGGGUCAGGAACAGACUUCCUGUGCAGACAGGAACCGGCACAGCAGCGAUUUCAGGCAGGAAGUCUUGACUCAACGUCUGGACGGCGUUCGGAGCAACGAGGCUCCGCCCCCUCCCAGGACGCGGGCCUUACCUGCCUGGAUGAUGGCGGCUGCCGCGGCUCCAGCCUCCAAAGGCGUGAAGAGAAGUAAACCUGCUGCCACUCAGGCCCCGCCCACUCACUCCUCCCCACCUGAGGGGGCGGAACUCCGCGAGGAAGAGGCAGAGAGGCCGAGGAAGAAGAGUCGGGCGAUGAGCAGCGAGGAAGAAAUCCUCCCAACACAAACAGAUGACCUCUGGGAUGAGUCGACCUCCAGAGGUCAGAUUGGACCCAGCAGGUCAGAGGUCAGCUGUCCACCGUCACAGAGCGCAGCAGCUGAGAAAUCGCAGCAGGAGGAGAAGAAGACCCGGCCUGGAGUCAGGACCGCUUGUCCCUACGGGAAGGACUGCUACAGGAAGAACCCGCUUCACUUCCAGGAGAGCAGUCACCCUGGAGACGCCGACUACGAGGAGGAGGAGGAGGAGCGACCCGAGUGUCCGUACGGCGCCGCCUGCUACAGGAAGAAUCCUGUCCACCGGAAGCAGUUCAGACACACAGAGCGACCCGAGAUCCGAUCGGUUCUGAAACCCAGACUCCUCUCUGCAGCCCCCCGCCCCGCCGCCACGAGGCCCCCCGACGACCCCGAUGACGACAGCUUCAUCAGUGACGACUCGGACGACGACUCGGACUACGAGCCGCAGGACGACCUGCAGCGGGAGGCGAAGGCCUCCCAGAGGAAGAGGAGGAGGUAGAGGAGGAAGAUCGGGUCACAUGACCCGUCCGGCUGAAACUCUGAUCAACAGCCUGACAACAGGAAACGCUAAAGGAGGAGGACUUUCAAAUUAAAAGCUUUAGGUGUGGCGCCGGCAGCAGCUGGAACCAGAAAAGGGAAAUAAUAUUUUUACUUAUUAAUGUUUCUGCUUUUUUUUCUGAUGCUUUUAAUGUGAAAAUAUCAGGAAAUGUCAAACGAGAAUCAAUUUCUUAUUUUCAAACGGUUUUUUUUUAUGAAAAAGCUAAUGGAUGAGCUUUUAAUUUGAAAGGACAUUUAUUUCAAGAAGCAGCUGAAGCUGUGACAAAAUAAUCACAAUUUAGUUUAACCUGAUUUUUAUUGUGGAAGGUCAGAGUUGAACAAAAUAAACGUUUUCUGACUUCUUUUA